GGAGCUGUGCUGGUGGCCCUCUCUCAGGUCUUCGGACGUGGCUUCUCCUUGCCUGUCCCAGCAGCUCGUCCUGCCGACUCUUUUCUCCUGAGGAUCCCGUGAAGAUUGUUCGGGGCCAGGGCCAGUACCUGUAUGAUGAGCUGGGCGCAGAAUACAUCGACUGCAUCAACAAUGUGGCACACGUUGGGCACUGCCACCCUCUCGUGGUCCAAGCCGCACACGAGCAGAACCGGGUGCUCAACACCAACAGCCGAUACCUGCACGACAGCAUCGUGGAUUAUGCACAGAGGCUGUCUGAGACCCUUCCGGAGGAGCUCUGUGUGUUUUAUUUCCUGAAUUCUGGGUCAGAAGCCAAUGACCUAGCCCUGAGGCUGGCUCGCCAGUACACGGGACACCAGGAUGUGGUGGUGUUAGACCAUGCCUAUCAUGGCCACCUGAGCUCCCUGAUUGACAUCAGCCCCUACAAGUUCCGUGACCUGGAUGGCCAGAAGGAGUGGGUCCACGUGGCACCUCUCCCAGACACCUACCGGGGCCCCUACCGUGAGGACCACCCCAACCCAGCCUUGGCCUAUGCCAGUGAGGUGAAGCGAGUGGUCAGCAGUGCACAGGAGAAGGGCAGGAAGAUCGCAGCCUUCUUUGCCGAGUCUCUGCCCAGCGUGGGAGGGCAGAUCAUCCCUCCCGCUGGCUACUUCUCCCAGGUGGCAGAGCACGUCCGCAGGGCCGGAGGGGUCUUUGUUGCAGAUGAGAUCCAAGUUGGCUUUGGCCGAGUAGGCAAGCACUUCUGGGCCUUCCAGCUGCAGGGGGAAGACUUUGUCCCUGACAUUGUCACCAUGGGCAAGUCCAUUGGCAACGGCCACCCUGUGGCCUGCGUGGCCACAACCCAGCCUGUGGCAAGGGCAUUUGAAGCCACUGGCGUCGAGUAUUUCAACACGUUUGGGGGCAACCCAGUGUCCUGCGCGGUGGGGCUGGCUGUCCUGGACGUCUUGGAGCAAGAGCAGCUCCGGGCUCAUGCCAGCCGUGUGGGCAACUUCCUGAUGGAGCUCCUCGGGCAACAACAAGCCAAACAUCCCAUCAUCGGGGAUGUCAGGGGCGCUGGGCUCUUCAUUGGCGUGGAUCUGAUCCGAGACGAGGCCACAAGGACGCCAGCGACUGAAGAGGCUGCCUACUUGGUAUCCAGGCUCAAGGAGAACCACGUUUUGCUGAGCACUGAUGGCCCCGGGAGGAACGUCCUGAAAUUUAAGCCCCCAAUGUGCUUCAGCCUGGACAACGCACGCCAUGUGGUGGCAAAGCUGGAUGCUGUUCUGACAGAUAUGGAGGAGAAGGUGAGAAGUUGCGAAACGCUGAGGCGGCAGCCCUGCUCAGUCACGUGGAGUGGACCUUGCUGUUCUGCAGUUGGAAACCCCUCGGCAAGCUGAGCCCUUUAAGACGUUUUUGUUCCGACUGCAACAUCUUACCCUUUCCACCCACCAGUCAGAAAAACCUCCCAG